CCGGCUCCUCCCCUUCAGUCUUGCACAGGUGUACCGGUUCCUCCCCUUCAGUCUUGCAAAGGUGUACCGGUUCCUCCCCUUCAGUCUUGCACAGGUGUACCUGCUCCUCCCCUUCAGUCUUGCGCAGGUGUACCGGCUCCUCCCCUUCAGUCUUGCACAGGUGUACCGGUUCCUCCCCUUCAGUCUUGCACAGGUGUACCGGCUCCUCCCCUUCAGUCUUGCACAGGUGUACCGGUUCCUCCCCUUCAGUCUUGCACAGGUGUACCGGUUCCUCCCCUUCAGUCUUGCACAGGUGUACCUGCUCCUCCCCUUCAGUCUUGCGCAGGUGUACCGGCUCCUCCCCUUCAGUCUUGCACAGGUGUACCGGUUCCUCCCCUUCAGUCUUGCACAGGUGUAUUGGCUCCUCCCCUUCAGUCUUGCACAGGUGUACCGGCUCCUCCCUUUCCUUCUUGCACAUGUGUAUCAGCUCCUCCCCUUCAGUCUUGCAGAGGUGUACCGGCUCCUCCCCUCCUUCAGUCUUGCACAGGUGUACCGGUUCCUCCCCUUCAGUCUUGCAGAGGUGUAUUGGCUCCUCCCCUUCAGUCUUGCACAGGUGUACCGGCUCCU